GCCGAUCCUCUGGCAAUUCAGCUUAAAGAGCUUGUGUGAGGGCCCGCCUUCAUGCAUAGUUUAUUACCUGCAUCCUGCAUCAACAUGAGUCAUCUGACUCCAUCACCAGAUGGCCUCAUGUUUUCUAUGGCUCCAUGUUGGUCAUCCUCUCAUCCUGAUUGUCCUUGAUUAUCCCCCCAUAAACUUUACUGUAGCAUCAACACAAAAUAUUUCAUGUUCCCAAGAAAAACAGCUUCUUUCCCUUAUCUUCACACACACAGCCCUCUCCGCAAAAACGCUGAAAGUUUAACCACCACUAACCCAUAACAUGCUGCCUUGUGUAUCUAUUUAGCAUUAACGUUAGCUAAUGUAUACCAAAUGCAGAGGACAUAUUUGACCUGCAACUUACUGUGUAUGAAGUGUUUUGUCAAGGGAUUUAAAAAACUCAAUAAUUGUUAUUUCACACUUGAAAAAACUUCUCUGUAUCGUUAAUUUAUUGCCAAUUGUCUGGAGGGUGCAAACGUGCACCAGGCAAAUGCAGAAAGUGAACCAAAGACAGUGACACAAAAAUCGUGUUACAUCUUGAGCUGAUGAAGCAAACUUAUCUGAAGCAUUAUGGAACUCAUUGUCAUAAAAACUAUUUUUAAAUUUGCAUAUUGUCCAUGCAAGUAAAAAAUAAACAUAAAACCUUUAAGUUACAGGCGAAGAAGUUAGUCUAAACAAAGUGGUCUCAACUGGAUUAGUGAAGAAAUUCAUUUGGAAUCAGUUAAAACUGUUGAAUAUCUUUUCUGAAUAAAAAAAAAAAAGUACUUUUCAUUUUUCAUUCUGUUGUGUACCUCUGGUUUGCCAUCUUUAAAUUUGUUAAUUUCUUUUCAUCAAAUGAACUAGGAAAUCUGAAUCCACCAUGGACAGAGCUUGGAAAGGACUGCUGAAGUCUGGCAUCAUCUUUCUGACCUUGAGUCUUUUUGUCUACAUAUUUUAUCACAUCGACUUUCUGGAGUUUCAGAGAACACCAAAUCCUCCAUUCAAGAAAAUAAGAGGUUCCAGUGAUCCAGGCUCUAAUCAAAACUACUGCACCUUCCGACCUUUGUCUCCCAAGGAGAUUGAUGAGGAAAACACUCUUUUAAAUUCCAUAGCUUGGCCAAAUACUCCAUCUGUGCCACUUCCUGUUUCACUGAAUGACACCAGCAAUGCAGCCCGCAGCAAUUUUGUCAUUCUCCCAAGGCCAGGAGGUGGAUCGUGGCUCGUGGGGGAUCAGCUGGAGGUCAUGAUCAAGAUGUUUGACUUUAAGGGCCGUCCCAAGACUCAUGGGGGAGAUUUCUUCCUGGUUCGGCUACACAACCGGACAGUUGAAGCAGGGGUGGCAGGUCAAGUGGUGGAUCAUCUCAAUGGCACCUACUCUGCUGUGUUCCUCUUACCCUGGGAAGGAAAGUCACAGAUUGAGGUAACAUUGGUACAUCCCAGUGAGGCAAUCCCAUUCCUGCAGCGAUUUGCCGGUGAAAAGCCUAAUGGAGUGGACUUCUACAGCACUUUUCAUUCAGGCUUGCUCACUCAGAAAACCAUGUGCAGUGUGUGUCUGCCUCCAACCCAGCAGCCACAGUGUAACUACACUGACCUCAAUACAGGUGAGCUGUGGUUCUGCUACAAGCCACAGAAUCUGAGCUGUGAUGCCAGGAUCAACCACUUCAGCAUUUACCAAAACCCCCCCAAGGCCAAGGAGGACAUACUCUUUAAAAAUGGUGUCACCAUGAAUGUUGGUAUUCCAGCUUCAGGACCUGCUCAUGUCACUGUUUUCCCAAAAAUGAAAGGUGAACUUGCAGCGACCACAAACAAGGACAUACCUGGACCUGCUGGUUACUAUUACAAAGGUCUGUGGAGUUCACUAAGUGGCGCCACAGUUAAACGGUUCAAUAACGCCUCUGCCAUCAGCCAGUGCCUCAAAGACAAGGUGGUUCACAUGUAUGGAGACUCUACAGUCAGGCAGUGGUUAGAAUUCCUCUCUCGAGAACUAUCAGAUCUCAAGGUAUAUAACCUGCACAACAUGAAGCAGUCUGGACCUUAUGUGGCACUGGACUAUGCCAGAAACAUCUUUGUGACAUACCGCUGCCAUGGCCUUCCUAUUCGUAUUGUGCCUUCACCAGUAACAGAGCUACAUUAUGUUGCCAAUGAACUCGACGGAAUAACUGGAGGGAAGACCACAGUUGUAGUUUUUGGUGUCUGGGCGCAUUUUACCACUUUCCCCAUCAAGUACUACAUCCGUCGAUUAAUGAGUAUCCGUAAGGCAGUUGUCCGACUACUAGCCAGAGCUCCAGAUACUAGAAUUAUUAUCCGGACGGCAAACCUCAAAAACUCUCCAAGCCCCUUUUCAGCACAGCUUGGUGGUGACUGGCCUUCACUGCAACGUGACAAGAUACUCAGGACCAUGUUUAAGGGAAUGGAUGUUUAUUUCGUGGACGCCUGGGAGAUGACUGUGGCUCACUAUCUCAAGCAUGACAUCCACCCACCCCGUCCCAUCAUUAAGAACAUGAUUGAUGUUGUUUUGUCAUAUAUUUGCCCUUCAAAAUAAGGGUAGGUGUAUUGUGUUCUUCUGAAAAAACAAAAAUGUAACAAACAUGCUUUCUGAUGUUUAGGUUAUUUUAUGUGCUUAAACAAAUGUAAUUGGAUAUUUGUUAUUGGUGUGGCAGAGUUACUAUUUUCUAUUCACGGUGUGAUACAUUGUGGACAUAAGAGUUAGUGCAAUGUGUUAUAGGAAGUGGAGAAGAGGAGAUGAUUAAAUAUAGGAAUUGCACUUGACCGUGUACUGCUUGAUUUCUUUUCCCGCAACCCAAAAUAUUGUGAGUGAAGAGAUUAAUUGAUACUUCUCAGGCCAGCAGUACACAAACUUUCUCAAUGAUUUGUCACCUGUGGUAUGCCAUGUAAAUUUCACUAAUUUUCAAUUUCAAUGAAGUUGCAGAAUCCAGAGUUUCUGAACAGAUUUCCUGAACUGUCUCAACCAGACAACUUAAUGCAGGGCUACUCAACCCUGGUCCUCGUGGGCCGCAGUCCAGCAUGUUUUAGAUGUUUCCCUCUUCCAACACAGCUGAUUCAAAUGAUCAGGAUCGUU